AUGCUCUCAAUUCCUUCGAUUUUGCCUCAUCCUGAGAAAGCAGGUACACUCCCAUACUUUCUUUACUUCAUUGGUGCGGUGUCUGUUUUCAACACUGUUCAAACUUACCUUUCCCCAGACUUAAAGAUGACCAAGAAAGUCUAUCUGAAGGCACCAAUUGGUCAAGUGAGUAAUUUGAGUGCUCGUACAUUUGGAACCUGGACUAUUUUAACCGCUGUUGUCAGAUUAUAUGGGGCAUUCUAUUUACAGAAUGCCCAAAUCUAUGAGUUAUGUCAGUGCACUUUCUUAGUAGCAUUUGGACAUUUCUUUAGUGAAUGGUUGAUUUAUGGUACUUGCAAAAUGGAUAAGGGAUUGCUCGGACCUGCCAUUGUUAGUACUGUUGGUAGUACAUGGAUGUACUUGCAAAAGGAUUACUAUACAUUAUAA